ACAUACCAUGUGAUCUUGCCCAACGUAUAUAAAUUGUUUGAUUUUUCAGAAUUUAGUAGUUUACGUAGCUGACCUGUUAGGAGAUAGUUACUAGACCUCUUUGAGAGUCGAAAUAAGUUGGAUUAUUGCUACUGUAGACGAUAGAAGAGGCCAGUCAUGACAAGUACCCUGGUGAUCAAUCAAGUACAUCACAACCUCUUCCAAUGCAGUCCUAACAGCAUGGAUCCUGACUUCCUUGACUCGGAUUCGGAUGACGACGCGGGUUUGGCAGUUAUGCUGCAACGGUUUGGAAUGUCUGCCAGAUACCUACAGUCGAGGCUUGAGAACGUUGUGGAAGAUGACCGAAAAAUAGAUACAUUGGUUGUAUCGGAAGAGACUCGCAGACUGCAAGCAGACAUCUACGAGAGUGUCGUGCGAGGCGGUCCCGAGGACUACACGUUUCUGGCAGAAAACAAGUGCAUCUUGGAUCAGGUUAUUUUCAUAGAUUGCCGACCUGGAUGUAACUGUGUGCGGACAUUCGAGAGCCACCCGCUCCGGGCCGAGGACACAGCCCCGGACCGUCUAUCCCGUCCACUGGAGUGGAUCAAGACAGGGAAAUGUUCCUGUCUGCAGAGCAGCGAACACCCCAUGCCAAGGAGGUGCGGCAAGACACUCGCCCACGUGGCCAGCGUGAUGGGCAACCUGAAGAUGCUGAUGUUCCUCCAGGAACAGAACUGCACCUUCAACUACGUGACCCCAGUGCUCCACUACACUCCCCUCUUCCUGGCCGUCAUGAAAAACCACAUCCACAUCGCUCAGUACCUGCUGGCCCAGGGUGUCAACAUCAACAUCCGGUCCAAGAUGGAGCAGCACUCCCCUCUCAUAGAAGCCAUGCUCGACAAGAAGAAGGAGAUCUUUGACAUGCUGGUGCAGUCUGAUGCCAUUGAUGUCAACACCACCAACUUCCGAGGCGAGAGCGCACUCAUCGUCGCUACAAGGAUGGAGAAUGUUGAAUACGUUGAGGCGCUGAUGAAUGCAGGGGCGAGUCCGGAUGCUAUGGAUGUCCGAGGGACUACAGCCCUCAUGCAUGCCUGUCGACUGGGGUUUGUGGACAUUGCCAAGCUUCUGCUACAGCUGAAGGCCAGUGUGGACGUGAAGGAUGCUCGUGGGGACACGGCCUUGCAGUUUGCUGUGUAUAGAGAGGAGGCUGAGUUAGUUGAUCUUCUACUUACGGGAGGUGCCGAUCCAAACCACAUUCCUGAAGACGGUUUCCCGGCACUGGUGGUUGCAGCUUACAGUGAUUCCUGGGAGAUCUUGGAACUGCUGCUGAAACAUCGCGCAGACAUCGCCGCCACCAACAGACACGGCUACACCGCACUCCACAUCGCGGCCUGGAACGGUCAUGUCAACUCUGUCAACCUGCUGUUGAAACAUAGAGCUCCAUGUGAUACCAAGACGGCUGAUCUUAACACACCCCUCUCCCUCGCUGCUCACGGCCGUCAUUCGGAUAUUAUCGACAUAUUGAUACCCUACGGUUGUGAUGUCAACAAUUCCGACAAAGAUCAAGACACUCCUCUACACUAUGCAUCCUACAACUCGGAUGUCAAUGCCGUGAGAAUUCUCGUCCAAAAUGGUGCCGAUCCCAAUGUAAGGAACCGGGUCAACGUGACUCCAUUGUGGAAUGCUACUUACUGUGGGAAUAAGGACAUUAUUAAGAUUUUGCUGAGCAAAAAUGUAGACAUGGAAGUCAAAAGUGUAGGCAUUAACCAGCACCAUCAGUCAGACGAUGUUCUCUACAUCUACAAGGAGGUUAAGACGCCUCUCUGGGUGGCCGCUGAUCGUAAUUACCCGGAGGUCGGCAUGUUGUUGAUUGCGGCAGGAUAUGACAUGUCCGCUGAAAACUGGAUCCUCUCAGACGCACUGCAAGAGGUCAAGGAGGAAGCAUUCCGAAGCCUUCUUCACUACCAUAAAACCACGCCCUCAAGACUCGUCAAAAUAUGCAGGCGAUUUUUGCGUCAAUAUUUUGGCAACAAUGUCGACACCUGUUCAAAUCAGUUGGAAAUUCCUGUAGUUUUGAAGAACUAUCUUCAACUGAAAGAUCUUACAGCUGACAAUUGAUAUGAAACUGGCCAUGUGAGUUGUGUUCAAAACCAGAUAGACUUUGCUGUGAUAAAACAAACUAGUAGUGCAAUUUUGAAGAAAUUCUGAAUGAAGCCAUGCUCUAGUGAUGUUGAAUGUGUAUCAGUUUCCAUUUGUGAUUGUGGUUUGUUACAUUGUGAUUGUUUCAUUCCGACCUUGCUCAGUAGUCAGCUUGUUUGUAGGACAUUAGGGAGAUAGGUGUUGCAGGGUCUUACACCUGCCAACUUAAUGCAAAUUGGCCAUACGACUGAAAGAGUGUGAUCGGAAAAUGAAUGGUAGCACACUUGUGAGAAUAUUUGGUGGGCUUAUAUUAGGCUCUGUUCAGUUCAUUUUCUUAAUGACAUCUAAUUCAUAGUAAAUACAGUUUAUGCUGUAUUUUUCAGCUUUUUAUCAAAUAAUGUUUUUUUGAAGUUUGCCUACCACAAAUUAUAGCUCAAUUAUCAUAACCAAGGAGAUUUUCUUUGUGAGACAAAAGGCUCUUUGUGUUAAGCUACCAAUUGUGAGGACUUGUUUUUGAAAAUACAUUAAGUAUUAUGUAUAUUAUGUGGCAUCUUUUAAUGCAUAAUUUAUCAGUCAUUUGUGGCCGGUCGAUGCUUUCUCUCAGGUUUGUCUGCAAGAACUGUUGAUUGCAGAGAUGAACUGGUAAAUAUUGACAUGAAAACCUGGUUUGUUGAUACUGGAUAAUCUGGCGUUUAACAUUCUUGACAUUUCUACUGAUCUGAAACAGAUGUCGGGGACGUCUCAGAGUCUCAAUUUGCUGUGUGUUCGUGCAUCACUAUCAAUGAAAUAUUGUUCAAAGCAUCAUAAAAUCCAACUGACUCCUAAACAAAUGUGAGGAUUCCUAACGGAUAAUAUUUCCUUGGGAUUAUUAUUUUCAAACUGAAAAGUGCUGAUUUGGAAGCUUGUUUAUCAUAAGGAAGAAAAUUUAAGGAUGUCGGCUUUUUUAUUAUGAGGAACACAAUGUUUCAGAGUAUAAACUUACCUUUUCAUCAGGUGUAUGAUCAAGGAGCAAGUAUAUGUACUUCAAAAUGUCGUGUUAUUCAUAGCAAAGAAGUUGACAUCCAUAAAUUCUCUUCUCUUAUGUGUAUCACUUCUAAAUCCCUUUCAAAGUCUUGUUUAUCAUGUUCACAAGAUGGCAUAUCUGGAACAAAAUGUCUCUUGGUGCUUAUGAAUAACAUUAUAAAUAGCUUAAUUACAGAAUCUUACGGUAAUAUUUGUAUAAUAACAGAAUAUUGAUAUUUUGUUUGGUAGCUGGAUGAUGUCUUUCUAUAAAGGUGUAUUAUAAAUGUCACACUUUCCGGGAAUUAUUUGCCACGUUAUGGAAGCUGACUAGAGUAAUAAUCCACCUACUUCUUAAAAGUAACUUAAGUGGUUUUCAGUUUCAGAAGGGUAGCACGGGUGGCCCAGUCGUCUAAGGCGCCGCGAUUCGCUGUGCAGAGUUGCGUCCCUUAGGGACGCCAGAAACCUAUGAUUGUGGGUUCGAAUCCCUGUUCGACCCGAUUAUGUUUCU